AUGCCAACAGUCACAAAGCUAAUCACUGAUCCUGAUCAAUUGGGUAACAAUGAGAAUCAAGAACUAUGGCAAACAAUCCCAAUUCAUUCAAAGGUGGAUGGAAAUGCAGAGGACCCUGAAGACAAAGAAACCCAUAAACUGGGAAAUGUCAAUUGGGGAGUUUUGGAGAAUGAAGGACCAGAGGAUUCACCUUCAAGCACAGAAAUUACAGACCAAGAAAUCUCUAGUCCUGAAAAGCAGGAAACUGAAUCUAAAGAAAACAAUAAUUCCAACCAUAUACAAAGCCAAACAGAAACUCUGGAGAACAUCAUUCAGAAAACAAGAGAACCAAAGGGAGAAAAACUUGGAAAAGCAUUGGGUAGAAGAACAAAGAAAAAGAAGAAUGGGAAACACAAGCUCCUAGAGUCAACUUUGGCAGAAAUGAAAGACAAUAAAGCACAAGAAGGUGAUACUCAGGAAAAAGAUCUCAAAGUUUCUCUUAAUGAAUUUGAUGAGUAUGUUCAGGAAGUGUGGGAUGACUCGCUUGAAAACGUUAUAGAGGAUGAGAGUAUUCAAAGUGAACGUGAAUUUUACAUUUUGAAUAAAUUUUGCACAAGAUUAUUACAAGAGUUUUGGGAUCCAGUUCAAAGCCCGAUUUACAAGAAAUUCAAAUCAGCCUUCCAUCCAUCCAAAUCUUAUAAUCUCAAACCCAAUGAGAUUUUCCCAGGUAUAGAAAGAAAACAGUUCCAGAUCUCCCAAUCCAAGAAACCAUUUUCUGAAGAUGACCUGGCCAAAUUUGGAUUCAAAUCUGAUACAAAUUCCCAUUCAUCAACCAACACUGAAUCUGUUGGGAAUCAAUUUAAAUUCAAUUUAGAUGGAUUCAAGUACCAUUUGGAACAUGAUAAUAUAGAUCUUGAAUUCAUGAAAGCUUUGGGCAUUCAUUUAAAAAUCGGUGACAGAUCUAGAUAUUUAUCUUUGAAUGAUAUGAAUCUGGAAUCAUACAAACAGAUUAGUAACAUGUUCCACACCAACAAAUUGGGUUUUGUGAAGGGUGUCAAUCUAGCAAUCGCACUGAUUGGAGUUUAUGAAGGUUUGAGGAGAGUUAACACCAUGAUCAAACAAACCUCUGAAAUGACGAUUGUUGAGAAUUGGAAAUUGAUCAGAAAGUUGCUGACUCAAAACGGUGAACUCACACCAAAAGAAGCAGACAAGAUUGGAAGAUACUACAGAAUCUCAACAGUCUUUCCAAACAGGCUAAACCAAGAAUCAAAAGAGAAGCCGAAAUUCAAAACUGAAGUCCAAUUGAAUAUAUUGAGCUCGCUAGGAAUCUUUGAAUCUAGAAGACAAGAGGGAAUUUGGAUUGAUGAAUUCCAGUUCAGGAAAAGCAGUAGGCUUUGGGAUUCCAGGGAAGAUCUUUACAGAAGUAGUCGACACAAUGGAGUUGAUAUUGAAAGAGUGGUACGGAUCAUCAAGAAGCACAAGAUAGACAGUAGUUGGAACUUGAUUGAUUUUCCUGGUCUUGUCCGUGAUGAUUUCAUCAAAUCAAAGGAGGAGCCAUUGUUGCCCUGGUGUCUUUCUCCUGAGAGAGGAUGGCUCACCAAGAUCUAUGGUUCCAAGAAAACUGAAGAAGAUUUGGUCAAUUUUUUGACAAAGGAAGGAAUCCUCUAG